AUGCCAGUAAAAAAAAGAGCCUCUUUGGGAAGAAGUACAUCAGCUGCAAGAAGAAUGGCAGCAACAAGAGCAGCUGAAGAUUCUGAAGACGCACGCACUCGACUUGAUGGUCAACGUGCAAGACAAGCAGCUUCAAGAGCAGCUGAAUCUCCAGAACGGAGACAAAGUCGACGGGAAGAUGAUCGAGCCAGACAUGCAGCUUCACGAGCAGCUGAGAAUCCCAUACAGAGACGGACUCGAAGUGAAGAUCAGCGUAGACGACAAGCAGCCUCAAGGGCAGCGCAAUGGACAUUUAUGGAAGGGGAAGCGUUUCGGUAUGAUCCAGCCAAUAACUAUGACAGCCAUCCUCAACUUAAUAUUGGACAAAUGAGCGAUGUUUGUCCAUACUGUAAUGCCCUCAAAUGGCAUGCAGAAACACGAGGUAUGUGCUGUUCUGGUGGUAAAGUAAAGUUACCUGAACUUCAGCCUCCUCCUGAACCACUGAAAUCAUUAAUAGGCCCUACUUCAUUUGAAGCUCUUCGAACUGUAAACGGUCAGAUCUGUGCAACAUUUCGUGAAGCAUGUCAAUUACAUGGAUUACUGGAAGAUGAUCAGCAAUGGGAUGCCACCAUGUCCGAAGCAGCUGCAGCUCAAUUGCCAGCAAGAUUAAGAAAUCUAUUUGCUCUUAUACUAGCUGUUUGUGGACCAUCCAAUCCAAAACAAUUAUGGGAGUCGUACAAAGAAAGCUUGACUGAAGACAUUCUGAGAAAUGCUCGCAGGCAAAAUCCUGGAAUUAAUUUGGAUUAUACACCAGAUAUGUUUAAUCAAGCACUGAUUAUUAUUGAAAAUAAAGUUUUAGAGAUGGGUGGCAAAGAACUUGAGAAAUUAGAGCUCCCAACUCCUCAACGAAAUUCGGGUGAUCGAUUAAACAGUGCAAUGCUCAGAGAAACAAGUUAUGAUGUGAAAGAGUUGAAUGCUUAUAUAACAGCAAAUGAGCCACUGUUGGUGCCGGAUCAGAAAGCUGCAUACAAUGCGAUUUUGGAUCAGAUCGAGAAGAAAGCUGGUGGAAUAAUCUUCCUUGAUGCACCUGGUGGAACAGGGAAGACAUUUGUCAUUAAUUUGUUAUUGGCUAAAAUCCGGCAUCAGUCAAAGAUUGCGAUUGCGAUCGCCUCUUCCGGUAUCGCUGCUACGCUGCUUCACGGUGGUCGUACUGCGCACUCGACAUUAAAGUUACCUCUUAAGUUUUUGGAAAAUCAAACUCAUCUCUGUAGUAUUACCAAAGGAACUGGCGAAGCAAAGGUUCUGCAAGAAUGUGAACUUAUUGUAUGGGAUGAGUGCACAAUGGCUCAUAGGUAUGCAUUAGAAGCUUUGAACCAUACUUUACAGGAUCUUCGUAACAAUGGAAAGAAUAUGGGUGGAGUAGUUGUACUUAUUGCUGGCGAUUUUAGGCAAACAUUACCAGUUAUUCCAAAGGGUACCAUGGCUGAUGAGCUUAAAGCUUGCUUGAAAUCUUCGUAUCUUUGGAGACAUGUUGCAUCAUUAAAACUCAGUACUAACAUGAGAGUGCACUUACAAGGUGACGUAUCUGCCGGCCGUUUCGCUGAACAACUUCUCGCAAUUGGAAAUGGCAAAAUACCUGCUGACCCAGUCAGUGGACUUAUUAAUAUUUCAGACAACUUUUGCAAUAUCGUUGAAUCAGUCGAAGAACUCAAGAAUAAAGUGUUUCCAAACAUUCAAACUCAGUACAAGGAUCACAAAUGGUUAUGUGAACGUGCUAUUCUGGCUCCGAAAAACGUCAAUGUAAAUGCUAUCAAUCUACAAAUACAGCAACAACUUCCUGGUGAAGCUAUAUCUUACAAAUCAAUUGAUACAGUUAAAGAUAUCGACAUGGUAGUUCAGUAUCCAACUGAGUUUCUCAAUUCACUCGAACCUUCUGGAAUGCCACCACAUAACUUGCGUCUGAAAAUUGGAUCAUCUAUUAUGCUCCUAAGAAAUCUGGAUGCACCAAGAUUAUGUAAUGGUACAAGGCUAUGUGUCAAAACUCUAAUGCCUCAUGUAAUCGAAGCAACGAUCAUGACAGGUUGUGCAAAAGGUGAAGAUGUAUUCAUACCAAAAAUACCUUUGCUCCCCUCUGAUAUACCAUUCCAAUUUACACGACUUCAGUUUCCAGUACGGCUUGCCUUCGCAAUGUCUAUUAAUAAGGCUCAAGGGCAAUCACUUAAAGUUGCUGGUGUCAAUUUAGAAACUCCUUGCUUUUCUCAUGGUCAACUUUAUGUGGCAUGCUCGAGAGUAGGAACUGGAGAGAAUUUAUAUGUUUUUGCUCCAGAUGGAAAAACGAAGAACAUCGUGUACAAAACAGCUUUACAAUGA